CGCGCCGCCCGCACGCACCUGAAGCGGCUGGGCUGGGCCCCGCCUUGGCCCUCUGCUCGUCCUCCCCGCUCCGCACCGGCCUUCACUCUGGAGCGGCCCCGGCAGCCGCAGCAGGGGCGGCGGCGGCGGAUCGAGGAGCUCUCCAGGUCGUCCCGGGAGCGGCUGCUGCAGUCCCGGGACAGGAUGUUCUCCAAGUUCACCUCCAUCCUGCAGCACGCCGUGGAGGCGCUGGCACCAUCACUUCCGUUACAAGAAGAUUUUGUUUAUCACUGGAAGGCAAUUACCCAUUACUACAUAGAGACUUCAGAUGAUAAAGCCCCAGUAACAGAUACAAACAUUCCAUCUCACUUGGAGCAGAUGUUAGACAUACUGGUACAGGAAGAAAAUGAACGAGAAUCUGGAGAGACUGGGCCAUGUAUGGAAUAUUUGCUUCAUCACAAGAUCCUGGAAACAUUAUACACCUUAGGAAAAGCUGAUUGUCCUCCAGGAAUGAAACAGCAGGUCUUGGUAUUCUACACGAAACUUCUGGGAAGGAUCCGGCAGCCACUGCUUCCUCACAUUAAUGUACAUAGACCAGUGCAGAAAUUAAUUCGACUUUGUGGUGAAGUUCUUGCAACUCCAACGGAAAAUGAAGAAAUUCAGUUUCUUUGUAUUGUGUGUGCUAAGCUGAAGCAAGAUCCUUACUUGGUUAAUUUUUUUCUGGAGAAUAAGCUGAAGUCAUCGGCUUCCAGAGGAAUACCCGACGUCACUUCAGAAGCCUCGUUGAAAGGUCAAGAGGCCUUGUCAACAGAUACUGGACAGUCCAAUCAGCCUGAGGAACUUUCUGGUGCUACCGGACUGGAACAGUCAGAGUUAGAAGAUGGGCUUCCUCAUCAUAUGGACACUCUGUCCACCAGCUUGGAUCACCUCAGUGUCACUCCACUGCCAGAGGCCUCAGUGGUUCGUCUCAACCAAGACUACAACUUAGUGAACUCGUUGUUAAAUCUCACCAGAAGUCCUGAUGGCCGAAUCGCUGUGAAAGCAUGUGAGGGCUUGAUGUUGUUAGUGAGUUUGCCAGAGCCGGCGGCUGCAAAGUGCCUCACCCAGAGCACUUGCCUGUGUGAACUGCUGACAGACAGGCUGGCGUCCCUGUACAAGGCCCUACCUCAGUCUGUGGAUCCGUUAGACAUCGAGACAGUGGAAGCAAUUAACUGGGGCUUGGACUCCUAUAGUCAUAAAGAAGACGCUUCGGCAUUUCCCGGGAAACGAGCCUUAAUUUCAUUUCUUUCCUGGUUCGACUAUUGCGAUCAGCUCAUUAAGGAAGCACAGAAGACUGCUGCUGUUGCUCUGGCCAAAGCUGUUCAUGAAAGGUUUUUCAUUGGAGUGAUGGAACCCCAGUUAAUGCAAACCUCUGAGAUGGGUAUCCUCACAUCAACUGCUCUCCUUCAUCGCAUUGUUCGACAAGUCACCUCCGAUGUUUUACUUCAAGAAAUGGUGGUUUUUAUCCUUGGAGAACAGAGAGAACCGGAAACUCUGGCAGAAAUUAGCAGACAUCCUUUAAGACAUAGGUUAAUUGAACACUGUGAUCACAUAUCUGAUGAGAUAAGCAUAAUGACAUUAAGAAUGUUUGAACAUCUUUUGCAAAAACCCAAUGAGCACAUUCUUUAUAACUUGGUCCUAAGAAAUCUUGAAGAAAGAAACUAUACAGAAUAUAAGCCCUUGUGCCCGGAAGAUAAAGAUGUGGUAGAGAACGGAUUGAUCCCAGGCGCCGUCGAUCUGGAAGAAGACCCAUUAUUUACUGACAUGGCACCAGAUAACACUUUGUCAAACCAAGAAUGGCUUACUUCGUCACCUCCUCCUACCCCAGAGCACCCCAAAACAGAUGGGAAAACGGAAGUCCAUAAAAUUGUCAAUAGUUUUCUCUGUCUGGUACCGGAUGAGGCAAAAUCAUCAUACCAUGUUGAGGGCACUGGAUAUGAUACCUACCUCAGAGAUGCUCAUAGGCAGUUCCGGGAUUACUGUGCUAUCUGUUUACGGUGGGAAUGGCCGGGGUCUCCCAAAGCGUUGGAAAAGUGCCAUUUAGAAGCAGCUUUCUUUGAAGGCCAUUUUUUGAAAGUGUUAUUUGACAGAAUGGGAAGAAUUCUUGAUCAGCCAUAUGAUGUAAAUCUCCAAGUGACCUCGGUGUUGUCUAGACUGUCCCUCUUCCCUCAUCCACACAUUCACGAGUACCUUUUGGAUCCUUACGUGAACCUUGCUUCUGGCUGCCGAUCGCUCUUCUCUGUGAUUGUCAGGGUGGUUGGAGACCUUAUGGUUCGAAUCCAACGUAUUCAAGAUUUUACUCCCAAACUUCUGUUGGUCAGAAAGCGGUUACUUGGUUUGGAACCUGAAGGCCCUAUUGUGGACCACAUCACAUUGCUCGAGGGUGUGAUUGUGUUGGAAGAGUUCUGUAAGGAGCUGGCUGCCAUUGCGUUUGUGAAGUACCAUGCUUCCUCUACACCCUAAGGAAGCAGCACCUGUGAAGUAAUGAGAAGGACAAGACAGUUGUCUACAUUUCUUAAAAAAAGACUCCGUUCCACCCAGCCAAGAGGGAAUAAAAAGCCUUUUUCAAUAGAAACCUUUGUUAUAAACUGAACAGAACCAUUCAGAACCUGGUGAAUGAACAUUCUCAGUAAACUGCUGUACAGUGUUUUCAUUGGCUUUACCAUAAUGGUUCUGUAUAUAAAUUGCACGUCGUGAAAUCUGGGAUACAAUCAAACGAACUUCAGGAAAUGAGCAUUUCUAAUGACUGUGUGAAAAGCUGCAAACUUUCUGAUGUCAUGACUUUGAUAUUUCUGUUAUUUUAAUAUCCUUUAGGUGGCAAGGCAUUUUGACAUUCUCUGGGACUCAAAUGCUUCUAUUCUUUUUGAUUAAUGAGUAGCAAAAAAAAAAAAAAAAUCAUUAAUUUUAUAACUUUUUAAGGUUAGACUUCUUAUCAAACAAAAUCCAAAAAGAAAUUGUAAAUUAGUAAAAGAGUUGAGGAAGCAUCAAAUGAAGUGAGUUAAUUACAGGGUGGUAGUCUAAGACAAACGUGUGUAGAGCAUGCUUAACAUGCUUCAGCUUUUCUAAGAAUAACAAUUUAAUAUGAUAAAGGAAUUCUUGAAGAAUAUAAUAUAUAUAUUUUUUAAAAUGUUCUUUUACUGUUUUGUGCACAUAACCGUGUUAGUGAUUGAUUAUCAUGUCUGGGUCCCAGCUUAUUUAAACUCUUGUCAGUUUUGGAACAUUGUUAGAUUUCUGUUUCAUCAUCAGUAGUGUUUGCUAAAAU